GCGCAUUUCACAAGCAAAAAAUAUUAUUGUAUGAGCCUCGAUUUGCAGUCUAUCCAUCAUGACAGUCUUGCACGGCGUCUCUGACUGAUAUCUUGGUCUAAAAAUGAGUAGAAGUGCCGAAUACGAGGCGCGAAUCUAGGAGAAGGUGUUACCAGUCUCGAGAAAUGCAACCCAAACACCAGUGAUGGCUGGUGAGGGACCCGCUAGAAGGUGGGGAAAAAUCGAUAAUUCUAUAGCCUCUGCAACACCUGAAACAUGUUGAUUGCAUUCAGAGCGUUCUAAGGACUCCCUCUAUCCAUCAGUGGUAGCCGGAGUGCUCACGUGUGGGGAGAAUGACCAAAAUUCAGUGAGUGAGGAGGAGGAGGAGCGAUCGCCACACGGGAAAUGACAAUUGAGUGCCCGCAUCCCCACCGCCAACCUCGCGUCUUGUGAGCUCCCCUCCUCUCCCCGCCCUCACGCCCCUGCCAAAGAUGGACAGCAACGACGCAAGACAGUCGCCAGACUCCCUGGUUCCUACUGAAUCCAAAGAUGAACCCUCACCCAGCACCAAAGAAGACAAAGCCCGCUUGGCCGACCGGCUCUCCCUGCACAGCAUCCCCAGCAUUGACCGCAGUGAUGGCUCUGCGAGUCCUGACCCCUCAGCCAGUGUCCCCAACCUGGCACACACGCCCCCCAACUCACCCAAGACACCCAUCCUGUCCCACACUCCUCCCCCACCACAGCCCUCCUCCAACCCCUCACCACGGCCCCCAUCCACCUCCUCUGCCAAACCCUCCAUUGACGCCAUGGGGUCCAGCCAGAGUCAGAGCCAGAGUGACCCUCCGUCCCCAAGUCUCUCCAGUCAGCACUCAGACCCCGAGGACUCCCGUGGCUCUGAUGACCCACCCCCGCCUGCCCCUGCACCACCCAGCAAUGACUCGGUGCUUCACGGUGUAUAUGGAAGCAGUCCUCCCUCUCUCUCUGGCCUGUAUAGUGGCACUGGAGGCCUGUACAGCAGCAGUCACCCUUCAUCUGGUAUCUAUAGUGGUUCUGCCUCAUUAGGAAGCAUAUAUGGCAGUGCUGGGCCGCCGCCUGUGCCCCCACCUCCCUUGGAAGAGAGUGGAGCCGUGGGGGGCUUUCAUCACCGGAGGGAACACUCACUCAACUCCAUCCACUCCAUCCAUUCUGUCAACUCCUUCAAAGAGUUCUAUGACAAGUCAACUCUCAACCAGUUCAUUUCCACAUCUCCCAAGCUCUCCAACAGAGAGAUGGAGAUGAACCGCAUGUCUGGGCUGUAUGGCAGCAAUGCCAACACAUCCGACUACAGCGGCCUUACCGAGAUGUUCACGGACCCUGUUGAGGAGGAGGUUAGUAUUGGUUCAUGUGUUAUUUGAAGCAGGCGAGCGGCUAUGAUUAAACUCCGAAUCUCGUCGUACAAAUGAGUGGGCGCCAUUUCGCAAGAAGCAGCACGGGGCGUCUGGGUCACAGCACCGCGUCAAGUGUCUGGCAGCAAAAUAACGGAUUCUGCGCCGCCCUCAGAAAACGUGCAUUUCCGGGGGACACACACACACACACACACGGUGCUUGGGAACUUAUUGCCAAGAGAGACGUGCGCUGCAUCUUGGGGAAAAAAAGAAGAAAAAAAAAGAAAUGUUGCAUGUUGGGAAAAAAAUAAAAGAAAAAAAAACGAGAAAUAAACUGCUGGUGAUUUUUAAGACUGAUAUUGACUUUUUUUUUUUGGAAUAUGUUAGCGACUAUUUUUUUUUAUUUUACUAUGUUGGUUUUAUUUACUAAUUAAACCUUAUUAUUGUGAAAACGUGAGACAGAAAUGCAAACAAACACACAGGCCAAGUACUCUUAGAAAUAUCGAAAACUUAGUGUUCUGCCGUGUUUGACAUGAGACAGAAGUGCUUGACGCUGUUACUUUGCCAAGGAAGGGAUGAGAAGAGAAGGGAAGGAUUAGAGGUGACACAAAGGAAGGGUGACAAGGGACGAGGGGAGGAAGGGAGAUGUAAGGAGGAAGGGAGAGAAUGAGUGGUAGGGAGAAAUAGAUUAAAGUAUUUGUUAUUUUACCAAGGAAUGUCUGGAAAAGAAGGAGAGAGAGAGAGAGAGAGAGAGAGAGAGAGAGAGAGAGAGAGAGAGAGAGAGAGAGAGAGAGAGAGAGAGAGAGAGAGAGAGAAUAUAUAAGUGUUUGUUGUGAUUUUCCUAAGGAAGACCUGAAAAAGAAAGGAAGGGUUGCUUGUGACGUAAAUGAAGGAAAAAGGCAGGGAGAGGUAAGGGAGGAGGGGGAGUGGGUGACGGGGAGUGGGUAGGGCAGAAGAUGCGUAUGGAGGGAGUCAAGGAGUAGGAGUAAGUAAAUCAGAGUGAAAGGUUUCUUCUGUCAUUCCAAAGGUUUCCCGCGCGAAAUGUUACAGAAACGUUGUCGUCUAUUUUGAGGCACACACACACACACACACACACACACACACACACACACACACACACACACACACACACACACACACACACACACACACACACACACACACACACACACACACACACACACACACACACACACACACACACACACACACACACACACACACACACACGUACACAGAUUUGGCGGCUUACUGCACUUGUCUUACAGGUCACACACACACACACACACACACACACACACACACACACACACACACACACACACACACACACACACACACACACACACACACACACACACACACACACACACACACACACACACACACACACACACACACACAUCUAAUGACGAAACUGGAGAAGGAGUGACAAAGGAAUGAGAAAGAAGCGCAAAAGGAGAAAGGAAUUAAGAAAGAAGAGAUGGAGGGAGGGAUUAGAGAAGGGAAGGAUGAAGAAACAGAAAUAAUAAGAGGGUAGGAAAAGGGGAAAUAGGAAUAAAAGAAGAGAUGAGGAAUGACAGAGAGAGAGAGAGAGAGAGAGAGAGAGAGAGAGAGAGAGAGAGAGAGAGAGAGAGACUUUGUAAGAGGCUUCGUUCUUACCUAAGCUUGAAGGAAUGUAUGAAAAAAAUCAGUGAGGCAGAGGCGGAGGAGAGGCAUACAAAAACGAGACUUUUCUUCGUCUCGUAGAACACAAAGACGAGGAGGAAGAGGAGGAGGAGGAAAAACACAGUAGGAGUGGAGGUUUAACAGGUUAUUGGCUCAGAAUGAGGUUACCUUUGUUUUACCACCAGUGAGGGAGAACAGAAAAGUAAGAAGACACAUUGGCACCCUCCCUCCCUUUCAGCAAUACACCGCCUCGGGAAAACAAACGAUAUACCAACAUACAAAAUUUUCCUACAACAAA